AUGCCCUGUGGUUCGCCGUUCUCGUUCGCACGCCUCCUCACCUUCACUGCACCAUGGCCGACUCAGCACGACAUACCAAAAAUUGACCCUUCCUCCUCCACCCCACUUUUCGACUUCUUCAAGCUCUACGCGAACAAUCGCCAUGGAUUCCUCUACAACCCGUCUGCUCCCGCCACGAGCGAGUUUCAGAGGCUUCUCACGGGGCCCCGGAGGAGGCAGCCUCAGUUGAGUCCUCAGGCCUCAGGAGCAAGAAGAGGCUCGCGCGGCGUUUGA